UGAAGUAACAUUUCAACCAAUCAAACCGUGUUGACCAAUAUGUUAUUGUUCUAUAUAUGUGUUAGCUUUGACCUAUUUGAGAAUAUAACAUAGUUCUUUGAAGAUGAAGAAGUUCUUCGCUACUACAAGCUCUACUUUCUUCCAUGUUUUUCUUAUUAUAGCUCUUGUAUCUCAAACUCAAACCCUUGGAACCAAAGCAGAUUCUAGAAGCAAAAAGUUCAUACCCUUAUUUAUUUUUGGUGAUUCAUUCUUAGAUGCUGGCAAUAACAAUUACAUAAACACAACAACCUAUGACCAAGCAAAUUUCUUGCCUUAUGGAGAAACCUACUUCAAGUUCCCAACGGGUAGAUUCUCUGAUGGCCGUUUGAUAUCAGAUUUUAUUGCUGAAUACGCAAAUAUUCCACUGGUUCCACCAUUUCUGCAACCUGGCUUUAAUCAAUACUACAAUGGAGUGAACUUUGCAUCUGGUGGAGCAGGUGCACUUGUUGAGACUUUCCAAGGGUCGGUGAUACCUUUAAAAACACAAGCAAGAAACUUCAAGAAAGUAACAACUUGGUUGAGGCACAAGUUAGGCCAUUCUAAUUCCAAAACAUUAUUAUCAAAUGGUGUCUACAUGUUUAGCAUUGGAGCUAAUGAUUAUCUCAGCCCAUUCUUGACAAAUUCAGAUGUUCUAAAGUAUUAUUCUCAUUCACAAUAUGUUGGCAUGGUAGUAGGUAACUUCACUUCCACUAUCAAGGAAAUAUAUAAAAGAGGUGCUAGAAAAUUUGCAAUCUUGAACUUGCCACCAUUAGGUUGUCUUCCAGGGACUAGAAUAAUUGAAUCACAAGACAAAGCUAGUUGCUUAGAUGAACUUUCAUUACUUGCAAGUAUACAUAAUCAAGCUCUCUAUGUGGUUCUCUUAAAAUUAGAGAAGCAAUUAAAGGGAUUCAAAUUUUCUCUCUAUGACUUUAACUCUGAUGUCACUCAAAUGAUCAAUCAUCCCUUAAAAUAUGGUUUGAAGGAGGGAAAAUCAGCAUGUUGUGGGAGUGGACAAUAUAGAGGAGAAUACACUUGUGGUGGAAAAAGAGGAGAGAAACACUUUGAAUUAUGUGUGGAACCAAAUGAAAAUUUAUUUUGGGAUUCUUACCAUCUUACAGAAAGUGCUUACAAACAAUUGGCAGCUAGAAUGUGGGAUCAUACUGAAAGUUCUCACACUAUUGGACCUUACACAAUUAAAGAUUUCUUCCAAGACAUGUGAAUUUCUUCAUGAUUCUUAAUCAUCCAUUUUCGGCCACAUUAUUAAAUCAAUUGUAAAACAUUCAAGUAAAUUAAGAAUAAUGUUUUUAGUAAUUUUUAA